AUGUCUCUCUUCUCCCUCUCUCGCGUUCUUCUCACACCGCCCAAAACCCCCAGGAACGUAUUUUUUCCAUGGCAGACGGUGUGCAUACACCGCAGUGGUUCUUUUAUUGAAUCUCGUCGUUUAUGCCUCCGUGUUCCUGUUAAUUUAACAAAAGAAGAAAUAAAAAAUUAUUUAGAGGGUUUAUAUAAUGCUAGGGUUUUGAAGGUAAAUACUCUUAUUAAGGUACCAGAGAGAAGAAGAAAUCUAGAUGAUAAAAGAUGUGACGAUAUUCGUUUACACCCUACAAAUAGAGAAGAUCCUUCUUCUUCCUUGGAGUCUCCUGAUGUUCGUCUUCCUUUUCGUCAUGGAGGGGUUUAUAAUUUUACAUAUAAACCCGAGGAAGUACCUCAGCAGACACAUGUACCGCUCGAUCUAAGACCAUGGAGACAGCGUCUAUCCAAUGCACAAAACCGCUAUAAUAAAUAA